AUGGUCCGGCACAAAAAAGACUUCAACGCCAGAGGCAAGAAAUUCGGCCCCCGAGGCGGCGGCGCUCCUCGCCAACCCCGCCAUCGCAACGACAACGACGACGAUGAAUCCUCCUCCGGCGCGGGCAGCGGCCGGCCCGCCUUCAAGGCCGCCUGCUGGGACCUCGGCCACUGCGACCCCAAGCGCUGCUCCGGCAAGAAGCUGAUGAAGCUGGGCAUGAUGCGCGAGCUGCACCUCGGCCAGCGCCACGGCGGCGUCAUCAUCACGCCCAACGGCAAGAAGGUCAUCUCGCCCGCCGACAGGGAGCUCAUGGACCAGUUCGGCGCGGCCGUCGUCGAGUGCUCGUGGGCGCGGACCAAGGAGGUGCAGUGGAACAAGGUCGGCGGCAAGUGCGAGCGGCUGCUGCCGUAUCUGGUCGCCGCCAACACGGUCAACUACGGCAAGCCGUGGAGGCUGAACUGCGUGGAGGCGCUGGCCGCUGCCUUCUACAUCUGCGGGCACGCGGACUGGGCGGAGCAGAUUCUGGCGCCCUUCUCGUACGGGCCGUCGUUUCUGGACAUCAACUCGAGUCUGUUGAAGAGGUACGCGGCCUGUGCGGACGAGGCGGGCGUGAAGAGGACGGAGGAGGAGUGGAUGGAGCGGCUGGAGCAGGAGUAUGCCGAGAGCAGAGAGGAGGGCCAGGGCGACAUGUGGACCAGCGGAAACACAAACAGGAGAGCGCCGGUAGACUCGGAUGAAGAGGAGGGCGACGAAGACGACUCAGAGGAAGACGAGAACUCGCAAGAGGAGGGAAGCAUAGACGGCAUAUAUCUAGGCAAACGGCCACCCAAGGAAGCAGAAAAAGAAGAUGACGACGACGACGAUGGAGAAGACGAGGACAAGGACCCCUACGCUCUCUCAGACGACUCAGACGAUGACGACGCAAUGGCCGAAAUCCGGCGCAAAGUCCUCGCCUCAAAGACCUUUACCAACCCCAACCCCGACAGCGCACAAGACAAGCAGAAGCCCUCGACGAUACCCCGUCCGCAGCAGCGGUUCAAAGCCGACCUCGACAUUGAGCCGGAUUCAGACAAUGACGCCGGGGGCGGUAGUAGUGAUCAGGACGGCGGCGGCGGCGAGGGGAGUGAUGGCGAUGACGACGAUGAGUUUGACAACAUCAUUGCCGCGACGCCGGUGACGGAUCGGAUAGGGCUGGAGAAGCUGAAGAAGGAGAGGGCAAGGGCGGCGAUUACGACGAGGACUUUUUCGUCGAAUGUCGUUUCUGCGCCGAGUAGAUGGUAG